CGUUGCCAUGGCGAGGCCGCUGCUGGUCGCGCUCUGCCUGUGCUGGGCCCUGGGCCCCGCCGCGGGCUCCGCGCCCCCCAACAUCCUGCUCCUCCUCAUGGACGACAUGGGUUGGGGUGAUCUGGGAGCUUUCGGAGAGCCUUCUAAGGAAACUCCUAACCUAGACCAGAUGGCUUCAGAAGGGAUGCUUUUCCUGGAUUUUUAUACUGCCAAUCCCCUCUGUUCCCCAUCAAGGGCAGCACUGCUGACAGGCCGUCUCCCAGUCAGGAAUGGCUUUUACACCACAAAUGGACAUGCCAGAAACGCAUACACACCACAGGAUAUAGUAGGAGGAAUCCCAGAUUCGGAAUUGCUGCUGCCAGAGCUGCUGAAGAAAGCUGGCUAUGUCAACAAGAUCAUUGGCAAAUGGCAUCUGGGUCACAGGCCCCAGUUCCACCCCCUGAAGCAUGGGUUUGAUGAAUGGUUUGGGUCUCCAAACUGCCAUUUCGGACCUUUCGACAACAGAGCGCUCCCCAACAUCCCUGUGUAUAGGGACUGGGAAAUGAUUGGCAGAUAUUACGAAGACUUCAAAAUUGAUCUGAAGACAGGUGAAGCCAACUUGACUCAGAUCUACCUCCAGGAAGCUCUCGAUUUUAUUAGCAAGCAGCAGGCCAGCCAGCAGCCAUUCUUUUUAUACUGGGCAAUUGAUGCUACCCACGCUCCUGUUUAUGCCUCCAAAUCCUUCCUGGGCACUAGUCAGAGAGGACUCUAUGGGGAUGCCGUGCGAGAAAUUGAUGAUAGCGUCGGCAAAAUCCUGAGGCACCUUCAGAAGCUGGGCAUCACUGAGAACACUUUUGUGUUUUUCACCUCUGACAAUGGAGCUGCUCUCAUUUCAGCUCCUAAACAAGGAGGAAGCAAUGGACGUUUUCUGUGUGGCAAACAAACCACCUUUGAAGGUGGCAUGAGAGAGCCAGCUAUUGCUUGGUGGCCUGGGCAUAUACCUGCAGGAGGGGUCAGUCAUCAGCUGGGCAAUGUGAUGGAUCUCUUCACCACCAGCCUCUCCCUGGCGGGACUGCAGCCUCCCAGUGACAGACAGAUUGAUGGCAUCGACCUUUUACCUGCCAUCUUGCAGGGCAAGCUAAUUGACAGGCCCAUAUUCUAUUAUCGUGGCAACGAGAUGAUGGCAGUGAGAGUUGGGCUUUACAAGGCUCACUACUGGACAUGGAGCAAUUCCUGGGAGGAAUACAACAAGGGCAUUGACUUCUGUCCUGGACAGAAUGUCUCUGGAGUGACAACACAUACACAGGAGGAGCACACAACCCUGCCAUUGCUUUUCCACCUGGGGAGGGACCCUGGAGAGAAGUACCCAUUAAGCUUUGCCAGUGAUGAGUACCAAAGGGCCAUGGAGCGAGUGGCUGCAGUUGUCCAGCAGCACAAAGCCACCCUGCUGCCGGGGGAGCCGCAGCUGAACGUGUGUGACCAGGCUGUCAUGAAUUGGUCUCCUCCAGGCUGUGAGAAGCUAGGCAAGUGCCUGAAACCACCCCAGUCUGAUCCUAAGAAGUGCUUUUGGCCUCACUGAUCUUUUCUACAGCCUUCAAAAAACCACACAGAAAAGCUGUAACCAUCCAGACACGGAGUUUACAAAGCAUGUCUUCUCAUGUUGGCACUCCUGUUUACACAGGAAGGGUGUGAUGGAGGUAUGAUAUCGUCAUUUGCUCUUCCAAAAGGGCCAGUGUUUAUACUGCUAGUGCUCAGGGUUUAGCCUGCACUCUUCUGCUCUUCUACUUGUUUCCGUAAAUGGUAACUUUUCGGUGAAGACUGUUUCAGCUGCAAAAGCUCUGUGGGCAGCCACUGCUCUCCCAUCACCUCAGAAAUGCCAAGGAUCCACUUUUCCUUUUGCUCUUUCCACCCAACCUGCUCUCUCAGAUCGUGGCUCGUUCUGGUGCCCCGACAGCAGCUGUGGGGGACUGUCCAGGAAGCUCCCAGCUGCCACAAAGCCCUGCCCAAACUGUCCUUGUUUGGUUUGCCUGUAACUUGUUGUUUUAACAUUUCAUUUCCAUUGUGAACUCUCUGCACAUCAACUCAUUUUGCCUUUCUUCCUAAACUCCUGAGUCCUGGAUGCAGCUGUACAGGCUCCCUCCUGAGGCUCCCUCCUCAGCCUGGCCAGGGGGCUGCCUCUGGGGAGGAUGGCAUUCCUUAGGUAAUGCUAGAAGGAGAUUUGGAGAUGCACAUAAGCAUUGCCUUAUCCAUGGUGUGCAGGGUGCUCUUGGGGAGCUGGGGCUCAGCUGUUCAUUUCUGAGGGUUUCCUCAUUUCCAAAAAUCUGGGUCCAAAUAUGGUUUAAGUCACCCCUGUAGUCUCAUGGUCUGGGCCCAAGCCAAGUGCAGGCUCAGAAAUGCCCGUUUACAUCAGCUCUUAACUCUUGACCCUGUUUUCAGUGUAGGCUCCCUGAGGAAUUCUCCUUGUGCAAACUUUCCAUGGCCUGGGUGUAGCAUUUCUCUAAACAGAGUUCAUGGUAAAUGCCAAUCCUGCACACGAUUUCACAUUGCAGGCUUCUCAUCUGCUUCUCAGCCUGUUUCUCACCCUUUGCUGUGGCUAAUAAACGUGUCUCUGACAAAACCAAACCAGGUUACUCUGGGGCUUCGGGGGAGUAGCUGGAAGCAGCCCCAGACAGGCUGUUGGCACCACCAAGAGCCCCACUUCCACCCUUCCACUGUUUUACGUGGCACACGUGCCCUCUGCACAUGGUGUCGUGCUGCCUUGGGGAAAACUGAGGUGCUCUGUACCUGGAAACAGCUCUGCUUCCUUCCCCAGCAAAGAUGGGGCUGGCUUGAGACAGCUAUGCUUCUGUGGUGACUGCUGAGCUCCUGCCUGCAGCAGCUUCUCAGCUGCCUGUUCUUACCUUCUCUGUAGUCUCACAUGCUCUCCCAUGGUUUAUGCUACCUGUAAUCCCCUCCACAGUAAUUCCUAGUGUCUGUCUCAUGAAGCUGCAUAAUCCUGUAAGAACAGCACUUGAGUCAGCUCUUACUGUUCCACCUCGCAGAAAUCCCAGGCAGGGCUUUGCUGGCUGGCAGAACCUCUGAAUCACUCUGCACAUCUGCAAAUGGCACUUGUUUACAGUCCAAAUGUCUUAGCUGCCUUAUGAUGUCCCUAAUUAUCCUUCCAUUAUAUUGAGGCAGUUCUAGUUCAUCCAUUUCCCCUUGUUUUGACAGCAUGUGGAUAGCUCAGGCCUUGAGAGAUUCUGCUCAGUUCUUCAGUGAUGCUCUGUGAGAGGGGCUUGCAGCAGUGGGGUGCUCUGUCAGCACAGGAGAGCAGACAAAACCAAACCCUUCCCAUUUUCUGGGUGCUCUCUACCUCUGCUUUGGUGCACCUGGCACCCAGGCAUGUUCAGAGCCCUGCACUUGACUGUUCUCAGCAGAUAAACACCACUGGAGCAGGGAGCCUGUCACUGCAAAGCCCUGGCAGCCCUCAAACAGUGAUGGACGUACCUGCUGUGAAUUGUAGCAGCACUGUCUUCUUACAUGUUGCUCACUAAGCGAUCCCCUCACAGCAUCUCAGCUUGUCCUGAGCAUGAGCCCAGGCACGAUUCUCAGCAAAUGGCAUUGGUAGUGAGCACUGUGAGCCUGCUGCCUUGAGUUCCUGUGUGACCUACUCUAGCCAGUCCUGCUGUGGCAGUGGGCUGGACUGGAUGAGCUUUUGAGGUCCCUUCCAACCCUAGAGAUUGUGUGAUUCUGUUCCCAUCACACUGUGUGUCUGUCUGGUUAUCCAGCCCCCAAUGUCCUCGUUGAAAUCAUCUCUCAGUACAUAGAGAUGAACUUUGAGAGUGAACUUUGCACUAGAAGGUUGUCUGCUCUGAGUGAUCUGACUGUUUAUUGUCUGCUUUGUGGCUAUUUGUCACUCAAGAUCAAAGCUUAAUGUGAAGAAGAUAUUGCUUUAAACUGAAAUAAGAAGAGUAGUUGGUAGUUUUACAGCUGGAUAGCUGGCAGGAACUUUAGAUCAAUGCCCUUCCCAAAGAUGUACAGCUUUAAAGUUGUGAGAUGAAGAACUAAUGAAGAAAAAUAAACUAAUUUAUCAGCAGUACAUUCUGUGAUUUGCCUGUGCCCUCCUGUGAAACAGCUGAGCACCACCUUGCUCUGGGGCAGCCUCACCAAUAACACCUUCCCCAUCAUGGGACUGACUUGGCUUAAAAAUAGCCUGUUUUGGUUUCCCUCUGUGAUUUGUAAGGUGGAUCAACUUCCCAGCCCACACCACUGCCCAAGGACAGCUCUGGGGCCCAGGGGCAGCUGUGGCCUGGGGCUGUGGCCACAGGCACAGAGCCCUGGCAGCCCCCACACCCCAGCACUUGCUGUGGCUCACAGAGCAGCCAGCACCUAUUGCAAGAGCUACCCCCAGUAAUUACCCUGAGCCUCUGAUCAUGGGAUGGUUGCCCAAUUUGCCCAGUUUGGGGAUCUGCCAAUGCUGGGGCAGGUGCUGGCUUUGCAGGAGCUGCCAGAGGCUGGUGGGGCUUUAA